AUGGUCUUCCUUCCCAAGCCCUCUCACGCCACGGGAGUGUGGGAGCGCCAGGGGCUCCCGCCGUGGAGGCCGAUUACCGUCCAAAGCUCACUCGCGACUCGCCUAUUAACAGCAAUCAGCUGCUACUUGGAGACUCGUGUUCCAAACCACCCAAUGCAGCACGGGUUCCAAAGAGACAAGAAUGUCCAAGAUGCUGCGCUUGCGACUACACUGCUCCUCGACAGAGCCGUUCUGAGGAAGGAGCCACUAUACCUGUUAAGCAAAAAUUGUGAGAAAUGUUACGACCGGAUCCCACGUUGGGUAAUGGCAUACAUCUACAAACGAAUUGGGGUCCCAAAACUUUUAUAUGACAUUCUGAUGGGAUUUCUCGGUCCUGGUGAAAUUGAUAUUCGGACUGCGUUUGGAUGGGUGUCUAGCGGGACGCGCGAAUUCGGCUUAGGCCAGGGAUCGGUGCUCUCCAUCCGGCACAUCGGCUACUACAUGGAUGUCUUGAUGCAGCGUCAAGACCAAGGGCCUGAUGCUGUAAUAAUUACGCACUCGCAAGGCGCGGAGCCGCAUCAGAUCGCUUCUACCGUAUUGGUGGACGAUGUCAUUGAUGUUGCAACGACCCGAUCAGGCAUUGAGCAUCGAGUCGCUGUCUCAAAUGUUUUUACGGGAAUUCACGGAACUGGUGGGGUUUUCGGUGCUUCUAAGUCGUUUCUGCUCCAGUAUACGCCCACCGAGCGUAGCGCUAGUGCCACCGUCUAG